AUGAUUUUAAUAUACAUAGUAUUAAUAAUAGAAAUUGCUUUAGGAAUGGCUGAUGAACCAGUAAGUACGAAUUCCUCAAGUCAAGUCAGUGUAAAAGAUCAAAAACAUACAGGUUCGGAUGCAAAGGAAAUACUGAGUAAUGCUGUAUUCGCAGGAGAUAGUAUAGUGGAAUUCGUUCAAAAUGAAAUACUUUGUGCUCAUAUAAAGGAUAAAGAUCAUGUUAUUUGCGAAAAUAAAGAAAUAGCCAUUUCAGUUGUAGUCUUUUUUGUUUCGACCGUGCUUAGUAUCAUAUAUACCAUUAUUUCCAGAAGUAUUAAAUAUGCAAAAAAGUUACGUAGACGUAAAAAACACUUAAGAAAAAGAAAAAAAAAUAGAGCAGAAGAAGGUGAAGAAGAUGAUGAAGAUGACGCCGAGGAGGAUGACGAUGAGGAGUACGAUGAUGACGAUUAUGACGAAGAAAACUAUGUAUAUGAAGCAAACACAUUACAACGACGAAUGCAUGAAUGGCUACGACAUAAUGACUCAAGGCAUGAACAUGAAGUAUAUCAACAGUUAAUGAAUCAAGGAUCAAUGCUACAACCACAAAUGCUACAACCACAAAUAGUACAACCACAAAUUCUACAACCACAAGUAGUACAACCGCAAGUAGUACAACCACAAAUGUUACAACAACAAAUGCUACAACCACAAAUGCCCCAAUCACAAAUACUACAACCACAAAUGCCCCAAUCACAAAUACUACAACCACAAAUGCCCCAACCACAAAUACUACAACCACAAAUAAUACAUCCGCAAGUCCAACCAGAACAAAUGCUACAACCACAAAUAGUACAUCCUCAAAUCCAACAAGAACAAAUUAUACAACCACAAACAGUAUAUCCUCAAAUUCAACAGGAACAAAUUCCCCAACCACAAACAGUAUAUCCUCAAAUUAUACAGCCACAAAUUCCACAAUCACAAACAGUAUGUCCUCAAAUUCAACAAGAACAAAUGCUACAUCCACAAAUAGUACAUCCUCAAGUCCAACCAGAACAAAUGCUACAAGCACAAAUGGUACAUCCUCAAGUACAUGAAAACGAAUUAGACAAAAAAAAAAAGAAAGAAAAAUGUAUAUCUUCAAAAAAUGAACGAACUCAUUCGAAUGAUGAUAUACUUAAUUUAGGUCCUAUAAUAACGAUUUGCGACCAGUCAGUAACUUUCCUUCAAGAAAAUAUAUUGUGUCCUCUUUAUCAUUUAUACUAUUACUUCAAGAGUAAGGGGAAGAUUUAUUCAGAAAAAUUCAUAAUAUACAUAAAAAUUUCAUAUAUAUCAUUAAGAAAUAUUUAUAAAAUAAAUGUGUUGAACAUACGUUUUAUUUAUAGAAUUUUAAGGGAUCCUAAUGGUGGCAAGGGAAGCUCUAAAAAAAAAAGAAAGAAGAAGGAAAAAAAAAAAUAUGAAGAUGAAGAAGAAGAUGAAGAAGAAGACGAUGAAGAAGAUGAUGAUGAUGACGAGGAAGAAAAUGAAGAAAAAAAGGGUAAAAGGCAUAGAUCACAACGGCAGAAGCAGAUGAGACAAAGACAUGGAGAGCAAAUUUAUGAACAAUUAAUGUAUCAAUCUCCAAUGCAGUAUGCUCAAAUGUAUCCAAAUUUAAUGCAAUAUCCGCAAGUGUACGAAACCCCAUUGAUAUAUCCACAAAUGCAGCAGCAACAACUAGAGCUGCCCCCGAUGCAAAUUCCGCAAUAUCAACAAGCACAAGUGCAAAUUCCACAACAUCAACAAGCACAAAAGUAA